GGCCCGCGCCAGAGUUGUUUCCCGGAGCCCCGGCCGCGAGAGGCUCCGCGGGGGCCCGGCCAGCAGCUCGAGCUGGGCUAGGCGGGGCUGGGCGGGGCGGCCCGCAGGGAGCACGCCCCUGGUCACGCCGGCGCCCGCGAGCCGAGCGCGGCGGGGAGCGCGCCAUGGACCCCAAAGCGGGCGGUGGCGAGGAGGAUGACUGCGUGGACUCGGGCGCCGAGACCGGAGGGUCUGACUACAGCCACAUGUCCUCCACCAGCAGUGAGCUGUCCGUGGAGGAGGCGCAGGACCCUUUCCUGGUUAGCAUCCACAUCAUCGCAGACCCCGGGGAAUCGCAGCCCCUGCAGGAGGCCAUCGACAAGGUCCUGGCCUGGAUCCACCCGGACCUGCAGCUGUUCCGGGUGUCGGAAAGGAGGGCGUCGCGGCGGCGGCGGAAGCCCUGGAAGGUGGCGCAGCCAGCGCUGGCGGUGGUUCUCUUCCUCCAGGAGGAGUACGGCGAGGAGCAGAUCCUGCAGCUGCACCGCGCGCUGCAGCGGCCGCCCUGGCGCCACCACCACACGGAGCGCGUGCCCGGCCGGUUCCUGCCCUACCUGCCCUGCAGCCAGGACUUCUUCACGCUGGCGCCCGGGACCCCGCUGUGGGCCAUCCGGCCGGUGCACUACGGCAAGGAAAUCGUGCGCUUCACCAUCUACUGUCGCCAUGACAACUACGCCGACAUCCUCAAGUUCUACGAGCUGAUCCUCCGGCGCAGCCCCAGCCAGAGGAAGACGGACUUCUGCAUCUUCCCCAUCUUCUCCAAUCUGGAUGUGGACAUCCAGUUCUCCCUGAAAAGACUGCCCUGUGACCAGACCCCCAUCCCCACCGACUCCUCGGUGCUGGAGUUCCGGGUCAAGGACAUCGGUGAGCUCGUGCCUCUCUUGCCCAACCCCUGCAGCCCCAUCAGUGAGGGGCGCUGGCAGACGGAGGACCUCGACGGGAACAAGAUCCUUCUGCAGGAAAGCCCACGCACCAUUCUAGCCAGAAGAGUACCUAAGGACAUAAUGAGUACUGCUGCUUUUCAAAUAAUAGCACAAAGGGUGCACAAGAGGUUUCCUAAGGCUGGCAGAAGCCACCACGUGUCGGAGCAAAAACCUCCUUCCACGCCUUCCCCGAGCACCACCGCCCCGAGCCAGACGCCUGGCAGCAGCCAGCAGCCCCUACCGGACAGCUCACAUCUGGGCCCUGGCCAGAUAGACCGGCCGAAGGGGCAUCCACAAGAAGCUGCCAGACAAGCCAGCAGCCCUCCCAGCCUCCCCUGGUCCUUCCAGAGAAGCAAGUCCUUGUUUUGUCUGCCCACAGGAGACUCCUUCCCAGGCUCCUCAGCUCUACCACAGUGGUUUUCAAACACAGAUGGCCCAGGGCACAGGGCGACGGAGGGGAGGCACAGCCACCUCCUCUCCAUCGAUGACCUGGAGGGGGCCCAGGAGACCGAUGUGGACACGGGCCUCCGGCUGUCCUCCUCAGACCUCUCUGUGAUCUCUGCCUAUUCGGCGCCCAGUCGGUUCUGCAACACCGUGGAAGCAACCCUCCCGCCUGAAAGGUGCAGCAGCCACUGGUCAAAGCUGAAGGGUUUCAGAGAAGGACCGCUGCCCACUGGGAGUGGGGGGGGCACAGAGACCGCCUGGGCUUGCCUCCCUUUCUUCACCAAAGGGCCUUGCAGCUCCUCAGCCCCAGCUGCCACUGCUGCUCCCCCAACUCGUGGCCCCUCCUCACGCACAGAGUCCUCCCCAGAGCCUCCCUGUGAUGCUCCCCGCACUGAGCAGACCUCGGGCAGAGACGCCCCGCUGCCCCCAAUGCUGGCCGGACCUCUGGACAAUGACAUGGAGGAAUUCUACAUCUGAACACCCUCUGCUCUUGUGUUCCAGACACACAGACUCAGGUCCUACUGCCCCACUGGGGUCUGCACACCACCUGUGCGUGCGCUCAGCCCGCUCCCCCAGGUCUGUUGGAAAUCCAUCCGUCUCACGGGCUCACUAGCACAGGUGCCACACCACCCUUUCUUACCUGAGAGGUGGCACAUUUUAAAGACUUGCUGGAAAAACGCUCGCAUUUUUAUGCAAAUAAAUUCUAGAGCUUAAGUUGUAAAACUUUUUUCGAAUACCCAUUUCCUUUUGAGAUAUGGUUUAGUGCACUUAAUACAAUUUAAAUGCCUCAUAUCAUUAUUUGAAAUGAAAAGAAAACCUAGUCAGCCGGAGCUGAUUCGGCAAUUUUUCAUACUGUGAAGGAAAAACAAUUAAAGCCAAAAUGUUGAAUGUAGGAAAGCUACUAAGUGACCUGUAUGAGAGAUUAGUGCACAGUAACAACAUACGGCUUACUGGAUUCUGCAUACAUAUUUGCAUCACCAGGCAACGGUGGCCCUAAGAAUUUCCAAGUAGUGCUGAUACAGUGCGAAAAGUCAGCUUGAUAAAACAGCAAAACACCUAUCAGGCUACGGUAAUGCCUCGCUGUGAUGCCAUGCGCAUCUGAAAAUCUGAAUUUAUGCAAAAGUAGCUAAUAUACUUUAUAAGGAUUUAUCCUGAGUAACAGACUCAUGGUGGAAUCAAAAUAUGAUCUGAGUUCCAAAAACGAGAUUUGCAUCCACUUUUCAACACCUCCCUGUAACAAGUGGAGUCUACAGAGGACCACUCCACUCCCGGGAUUUAUGUGGCUCCCUGAGGAACCGCUCACUGGAGUCACAGGAUAACAGGAUAUUGGUCAUAGGGGUAGCUAGGCUUAAGACAGUUCCAUUUUAAAAACCACCAUCCAAGGGCUAUGUAUAUAUGUAUGUAUAUAAAGGACAGGAGCCACACUUUAUACUGCUCUCUCCAGUAAACAUGUAUUGCCACACACCCUGAUCUUUCUGUUUCUAAACAAUCUGCAAACUUUUUCAGUGGCACUUUGAUGGCACAAAUUAAUAAAGGCCCCCAUCUUCUCCAAAUGGGAAGUUUUAUACAAAACGUUGUCCUGGACAGACCCUGUUUCAUUGCCAGCCUUCCACAAGUGCAUAGAAGCCUUAAUUAAAGCUGGCGCUCUAGCCCAACCUUAACCUUUUCUGCCUGUUUUCUGCUUCUGUCGAAGCAUGAAUGAUAUUUAAAUAGCACCUCUCUCCCACUCAGUGAGGGCAUGUUUACAGCCCCAACCUCAGCAGUGCCGAGCACGGGGCACGGUGACACCGUGCCUGCCUGCUACCUCCCUUUGGGAAACAGGAGCAUGGACUUCCUGGCCUUGCUCACUUCCUAGUCUGGUGCUCCUUGCCUCCGUGACUCCUGGUCCAGCUUUCCCCUCUCUGAAAGCUUCCACACCAGUCUGGAAAUGGCCUCAGGAUCCCUUUCAACACUGCUCUCCAGGCAGCCAUGAAGCCUUUGCCAUUCCUGCAGUGAGAACCUUAGAUCCUGCCCCCGACAUCCAAAUGAUAAGAUUCUCCAAGUUAAGUAAAUAAAAACAUGGUCUCUUCUACUUUUAGGCCAGGAGCAAACAAACUUUCUAGAAAGGGCUAGAUAACGAACGUGGUAGGUUUUGCCAGCCAUUUGGUUUCUGUUGCAAUGACCCUGCUCUGUCGUUGGAGCAUGGAAACAGCCAGGGGAGAUGUGUGAGUGAGCGGGAGUGGCUGGGUUCCAAUCAAAUCUUAUUUAUGAGAACAGACGGAACCCUGGGCUGGAGAGAGGCUGAUCUAGGACCUCGGGCGCAGCCAGCAAUAAGGGAUCUGCGUCUGCAGCCCUCUGCUGCCACGGGGUCCUCCUGUCAUGCCGGUGACCCCAGAAGCACAGGGCUCAGGGCCUUGAGGGGCUUCUUUGUGCAGAGAUGGUUCUUAGUAAGCCACCAGCCAUCCACCUCCCAUCCGGAAAUGUGACUCAAGGCAGCAGGGGGAUGAAAAACCACAGGUUCGUGUUAGGAAGGAGAAAAAUAACUCCAAGGUGUUGACACCAGCUCGUGAGCAGCAAAGGUCAGUGAGGCAUAAACAAAUGGACUACCGUCCAGUGAUGGCUCCUCCUGGUGUGCCCCAUCCGUGCCCUUAGUUUAGUUUAAUAUACUUGCAUGCACCCCUAGGAUUACUUCGGAACCCAAACCCUGAUGCUCUCCAGUCCCACCUCUUCUUAGUAACCCACCCUCAGCACAGUCCAGUCUACCAACUGAGGGGCCCCAAAGGAUGUCGGGGACACCAUUCAAAAGCAGGAAAUGCAAGAUGCCCUCAGAACAUGAGGGGAGAAUGGAGGAACCCAGCAUAGACCACACUCAGGCAUUCUCCCGCCUCCCUCCCAGGCUAUGCUUGGGAGCGGCAGUACCCUCUGUGCAGAAGAAUGUCACAGAGACAUACUGACAAAAGCCUGGCUUCCACUUCUGGCCACUAGUAUUUAUUUUCCUCAUCCAGGAAGGCUCCUGACACCCAAUGGGGGAUCCUGACUCUUGGACUGCUGUUGUUGUAAUGGAGGCUGGCCUACUGUGAAUGCUCAAUAAAUGUGUUCAAUU